AUGUCGGGACGUAGAGACAGGAUCAAACAGUUCCCCGGAUCUCGAAUUGCGAUCGCAAUCCUUGUUGGAAUUCUUAUCGGUUGUGUCUGCACCAUCUUGUUCCCGAACGGGUUCUUUUACUCGGGAUCAUCAGUAAAAGAACGACUUUCGAAAUCCACCUCUAAGGUUGGAUCGGUUUCAUGUGAAUCGCCUGAACGGAUUACAAUGCUGAAAUCAGACUUUGCAUUGAUCUCGGAAAAGAACGCCGAGUUAAGGAAACAGGUCAGAGAGCUAACAGAUAAAUUACGGUUGGCGGAACAAGGAACUGAAAAUGUGAGGAAACAAGUCUUAGUUUUGGGAUCAGAGAUCAAGGCCGGACCUUUUGGAACCGUCAAGAGUCUAAGAACUAAUCCAACUGUUGUUCCCGACGAGUCUGUUAACCCCCGAUUAGCUAAGCUAUUAGAGAAAGUAGCUAUCAACAAAGAGAUCAUUGUGGUUCUUGCAAAUUCAAAUGUGAAACAAAUGUUGGAGAUGCAGACUUCUAGUGUAAAGAGAGUUGGUAUUCGAAACUACCUGGUUGUCGCGUUGGAUGAUUUCAUAGAAAAUUUCUGUAAAUCGAAUGAAGUUGCAUAUUACAAGAGAGAUCCAGAUAAAGCGGUGGACAAGGUUGGGGAAAACGGAGAUAAUCACGCUGUUUCCGGACUGAAAUUCCGCGUCUUGAGAGAGUUCUUGCAGCUUGGUUAUAGUGUUCUUCUAUCGGAUGUGGACAUUCUCUUCUUGCAGAACCCUUUUAGUCAUCUGUACAGAGACUCAGAUGUGGAGUCAAUGAGCGAUGGCCACGACAAUCAAACGGCUUAUGGAUUCAACGACGUGUUUGAUGAACCAUCAAUGGGAUGGGCUCGGUAUGCUCACACAAUGAGGAUAUGGGUUUUCAACUCCGGUUUUUUCUAUCUAAGACCAACUCUUCCUUCAAUAGACCUACUAGAUCGCGUGGCAGAUACACUGUCUAAGUCAGAAGCAUGGGAUCAAGCGGUUUUCAACGAACAACUCUUUUUCCCUUCGCAUCCGGGAUACACUGGCUUACACGCUUCAAAGAGAGUCAUGGAUAUGUACGAGUUCAUGAACAGUAAAGUCCUCUUCAAAACUGUUAGAAAGAAUCAAGAACUGAAGAAGUUGAAGCCUGUGAUCGUUCAUCUGAAUUACCAUCCAGAUAAACUCGAACGAAUGCAAGCGGUAGUAGAGUUCUACGUUAAUGGUAAACAAGAUGCACUUGAUAGCUUCCCAGAUGGCUCUAAUUGA